AUGUCAUUAUCAGGCAACACUGACAAUGGAUAUCCACCAUACAUCAUGCGCAAAGGAGUACGUGAAGGAGAAUUAAUAACAAAACGAUUAUCACAAUCAAAACAAAAAAUGACACCUGUUCGAACAAUCUAUUUCACAAUGCCUUACUAUGGUCGUGAAUCGAUAAUAUUCACAGCACAUGUCAAGAAAGCAUGCAAACGACUCAUGCCACUUGUAAAAGUGAAUUUCGCUUUUCGAAAAACACUAACUAUAAAAAGUGCAUAUCUUCCCCUACUAAAAGGAAAUGACGCAUCGAAAAAAUUGAAAAAACUAGUUUAUAAAGUAGGUUGUAAAAACUGUGAUCGUGUUUACGUUGGAGAAACAGCGAGAGAACGAAAGACAAAAAUGGAUGAACAUGCACGAGACGUACGAAAUGGUAAAGUGACAUAA